UUGAUUUUCUCCCCUGAUCCACCAUCUCCUCUUCCUCUCUACUCCACGAAAUCACCGAUAACGGUGACUCCUCCUCUCCUCCUCUGCCUCUCUUCUCCGUGAAGUAACUUAGCACCGUGAUUCCUUCUCUUCUACUUCGUGACAGCUCUGUUCAUCUCUGUUUGUCUUUCUCUGCGUAUCUACACUUCUCAGACUCUCUCUCACUCACCAUCUCCUCCUCAGAUCUCUGCUCCAUGUCUCUCCACCGUCACGAGAUCUUAUGUCUCUCCAUCCUCGCGAGAUCUCAUGUCUCUCCAUCUCCACUACCGGCAAUGUCAAUGGUUGUAGAAUCGAAGGGUGGAACGAUGUGGUGAUGGCAGAGGAGGAGGGGUUUCGGUUUCUAAUGGUGGACGCUCGUCACAGAUGUCUACUAGGCGGUGGAAAGAGGCAUCAUGUUGGGUAGCUUGAUGGAGGAUGGCUUGUCGUAUAAGGAGAAGUUCGUAGUCAGAUCCCACGAAGUGCAGUGUAGCAAAACCGCUGCGGUUCAAACCAUUGCUAAUCUUUUGCAGGAGGUGGUUAUGUAAUCAGUUUCAGAGUGUUGGAUUUUCGACUGAUGGGUUUGCGACAACACCUACCAUGAGGAAACUGAAUCUCAUUUGGGUCUCUUCGAGAAUGCACAUUGAGAUCUACAGAUAUCCAGCUUGCCUCACAGGGGUGAUGUGGUUGAGAUAAAGACAUGGUAUCAGAGUGAAGGCAUGAUAGAGACAAGGCGUGAUUUGCUUCUUCAGGACAUUGCUAACACAAGUGGGUAAUGAUGAGCCAAGAUACAAGACGGCUACAGAAAGUUUCUGGUGAUGUUCGGGAUGAGCACUUGAUGUUCUGUCCUAAAGAACCCAGAUUAACAUUUCCAGAGAAGGAAAAUACCAAAGGCUUGAAGAAAAUCCCCAAACUCGAAGAUCUGGCCAAGUACUCAAUCAUUGGACGUAAGCCAAGACGAGCUGAUCUCGACAUGAACCAUCAUGUCAAUAAUGUCACAUAUAUUGGAUGGCUUCUUGAGGUGACAGGAGAUAUUGCUAGCCCAGAAAGUGGUGUGAUCCAAAAGUUUCCUGUCAUGAAAGGAGCUACUGUAGAACAGGAAAACAAGUAGCUAUUAUUUCAAAGUCUGCAGAUGCUGUGUCUCAUGUGACACCUUCAGAAAAGAUACCAGAGAAAACUGCUCCCAAGCCUUCUCCCCUUGCUGAGGAACCCAAGGUUGAAAGUACUAAAGUUGCGGAGAAACCCAAGGCAUCAUCAUUGCCACCACGACCGACUAAACAGCCAACGAAAGAACCGCAUCUUCCUCCCAAGGAUUGGGAAAGACGGAACUUUUUAAAAUCGAGGAAAUCAACAUGUUGCGGCGUGGAAACAUUGGAGACCUCCACGAAGAAUGCUUAGACGUGAUCAAAGUGACGAAUUGGGUGGAAAGACAAAAUAAGUGAAAUAUAGUAUUUUUGCUUCUUUUUUUAGUAGAGCUCUUUCGUUUUUUUUUAAUGUUUCUGGCCUUUCUGUAAUAGGAAAAAUCCUAAUUACUCUAUUUACUAAUAAUUUUUAUAGCUUUAUUUUUGAUAAAAAAAGUAUCAGUGAUUACAAUCUUA